UAUGGUUGCAAAUACUCAGAAAUCAGAAGUUAUUAGAAAUGACAUACGAGUCAUUCUUAUCACCUGUGAAGAAUACACCAAGGGAAAUCGUGCCUGUACUUGCAUCCGGUGUGAAUGGCAGCUUUUUUACUGCUCAUUGCCCAUUUUCCUGGGUCAUCAAGCAGUUUGUGGAAGAGAAAUGGGAGGAAGCACAAAACAUGAAAGCUUCCACUGGACAGCAUAAUAUUGAAGUGACUUUUACUGACUUGCUCAUGGAAGCAGAACUUGGCCAAACGAUGUUAAAUAAUCUAUUGGAUUCUGACUUUAAUGAAUUCAUGAAUUCCUAUCUACAUGAUUUUGUCAGGAUGGUGUAUAAAGCAAGCAAUGAUCAUGAAUAUGAGGUGGUAUGCAGAGCAAUACAUAUCGCUUCAAUUGAAUAUCACCAAGUGGAAGGUUUCGAAGAAUUCUUGUUUGCAGUUCCCCAAGUACACAUGUCAUACCAUCGUAUUCGUGGCCGACUGGACAGCUUUUUUCAGAUUGCACAUUUUCUGCCCAGUGAUAUCCGAGAGAGAAUUCCAGCUGAACAAGAAAACCAAGUGGUAGUGGAUGCUCUGGCGUUGAUAGCGUUGAUGGAAAGUCUUGAGCCAAAGAAAGAUGAGUUAAAUGACAAUGCUAAUAGAGAGCGAUGGUUGAGAAGAGUAAAAGAUGCUGGUCCAGUGGUUGAAAGAGUCUUAGAUGCUGAGAUUCAAGACACCAUUUUCUAUGGUGAGAUUAGCAGAACACAUAUUCAACAUUGCAGACCACUAUGGGUUCGUCUUUGUGUCUUGAAGUUAUUUGUAGAACAUGUUUGUCCACCUAAGACAAAGGUUGGAGAUGAGAACAUUAAGCAUUGUUAUCGUCUGAUGAAGGCAUUGGGAGUAGGUGUUAACUUGAAAUCUGUGCAGAGUGUCACAACGAUAGAGAACUUUCUCAGGAAAUGCAAUGAGACAGCGAGUAAAGUUCAUUUCAAAUAUGGUGUCCAAGAUUGUGGUAUCUGCCUUGAAGCAAUAAAUGAACCUGUGGCAUUGCCUUGUGAUCAUGUCUUUUGUUUGAAGUGUCUGAAGGAUCUUUUCAGGGUUAAAGAAACUAGAACUUGUCCACGUUGUAGAGCAGAGUUACCAAAACAAUACAGAUUAGAGAGUUCUGAAAAAUGCAAGAAAGUGGUAGAUGCUCACAAUGCAUUCCGUCAACGUUGCAAUGCAUUCUUUAUGGAGAUAGUCUCUAGAUAUUGUUUUGCUGACAAUGGAGCACCAGAACCUGAAGUCGUAUCUAAACUAAUGAGUUAUGUAACAAGAGAAUCUGAGAUAAAAGGCAGACAAAGUAAAGGAUUUACUCCAUUCAUAGAGGAUUGUAUUGAUCCAAAUCCUAUUAUCAAGGUAAGAUAUAAAGGAUUUACUCCGUUCAUAGAGGAUUGUAUUGAUGCAAAUCCUAUUGUCAGAUAA